AAGAGGAAAAGCAGAGGAUCCGGAUCUGGAAUGACCAUGGCUACAGCUGACAGUGGGGUGAAGCCCCUUCAAAAUGCUAUGAAAAUGGCAAAAGUAGCGAUACAACUGGACGGAGAGAACAAACACAAGGAAGCUUACUGUGAAUAUCUCCGGACCAUCAACUACAUAUCACAUGCACUUUUGGAGGACACUGGUUCACAAACCUCGGAGGAGAGGAUCAUGGUUGCGGUGGAUGUGGAGCGGAUGUUGAGCUUGGCUGAGCAGUGUCUGGAGAGAGCCAAGUCAUUUAUAGGGAAGACAGCUGACCCCCCUGAUCUCCCUGCCUCUGUCUCCGCUACCUGUUCACCUGGCCAGUCAGAGCCCCAUCAGACUGCUGUCGUCCCAGCUGCCAGUGCUGCAAACACUGUCCCUCCAUCUCAUACUGCUGUUAACGCAGGGCGUAAGGCAACCAGCCCGACAAAGACUGGUCACCGCAGGGUGUUGUCAGAUGGUAGCAGCGAACUCUCCCCUUUUCUGCCUCCAGAAGUCUUCCAGAAACAGCAGACAGUGGAGUCACAGGACAAAAGCAAAAAGGAGCUGACACCCAUUGAAGAAGCAUCACGUUUGAACCAGAAGUUGAAAGCCAAUUAUGAAGCUCGUCUGGCGAGGCUCGCACCUGGUCAGGCCUACCAGAAGACGUCUUUGACGCUCUCUCUCCAGAGGCAGAUGAUGGAGAACCUCAUCAUAGCUAAAGCCAGGCAGGAUGCUCUUCAGCGGAAGAUGGAGGAGAGAAGACUAAGGCUGCAGGAAGAGGCCAACAGGAGAUUUGCAGCGUCUGGGGCGAUGACCACAGAGGAGCGAGAGCAGCGUGCUCUCUAUACCAACGUGCUGGAAUAUGAGCAAGACCAUGAUUGGCCCAAACUGUGGAAAGCCAACUUGAAGAAGAAUCCUGAUGAUGUCACAUUAGUGUCAGGUCUGGUUUCCUACCUGCUCAGCCAGUCUGAUCACCCAGUGGUGAAACUGCUAAGAAAACACCAGUACCGGAUUUACAACAGGCUCUACCCAAUCGUCAGCAAAGGCCUCCCCCAGAGUCCUGCCCGGCCACUGAGGCCUUCUCGCAGCACUCACAACCUCAUUAAUCCAGAGACCCAGAAGAAGCCGACCAGGGGCAGUAGCGUCGGCGGUCAGAGUUUCAGCACCAGCUCAUCACUCUCGCCCUCGCUCUCUCACGACCUCCACACCAGCUAUGAUGAUGAGGAAGGGGAGGAGCCUCACACACAGGUGACAGUGGAUCGGGAGAAUUCGUUUGAAGAUCUGGAGCAGUUCCUGACUCAGCUGGACUGGGCUCCUGUCCACGGCAGUGCAGAUGACACUGGCUCUGAUUCAGAGCUGACCUGUAAUACCUUAAUUCAGCCAGGUCAGGACGAGACAAACAUCCAGGAGCUGGAAAUGAGAGCACUGAGAGAACACCUAAAGGCCAUCGUCAAAGAUAUUCAUAUUGCAAUUGAUCAGCUCCUGUCACUGUGUUUGCUGUCCUUUGAAUGCCUAAACACAGCCAGCUCAAAAGACCUGUGCCUCGCGAGCUUAGAGGAAGCCUUCUUCACGCCACUCUGGAGCGCCUUGGUGGCUCUUUUCAGGAGGGUCAACAGGGAGAGGGAGCAGGCCUUUGAGACAAAUAUGAAGUCAUACCAGGAUGCCUCGCCUGGAGAUGUUGGUGUUCCUUUGAAACUGUUCCCCAAAGACCCUGGUGCACUACAAGGUUCCUACCCCUACGAGUCUGCUGUUCAGGAGCUUAAGCUUCUCAUUAAAGACUGCUGUCCACAGAGGAAGUUGGAAUGUAUUGUCAGGACACUACGACUGAUCUGUGCCUGUGCUGAGGAUUACAGGUGUCUUCAUGAGGUGGACUCCACACCCAAAACAGCUGCCAUCGGUGCAGAUGACCUGUUGCCCAUCCUGUCCUUCGUUGCUCUACGGUGCCAGUGUCCUCAGCUGGUAUCUGAAUGUGCUGCUUUGGAGGAGUUUAUUCAUGAAGGCUAUUUGAUAGGAGAGGAGGGCUACUGUCUGACCUCCAUGCAGAGUGCCUUGGCCUAUGUCGAGUCAUUGCAAACAGGAGGAGCUCGCCUUCCUGCAGACAAACACAUUUGAAAAAGGUUGCUGCAGUCACAAGAGACCCUAGCAACAGUUCAUCCCACACUACCUGCUGCACUACAGAGAGGUGACAGCUGAACCUGCAGCUCCCUGCAAGUUUUGCAGAUGCAUGUUAUCUUGUAUACAUACAGACAUUCUGUAUAUUUAACGAAAGGACUUCUUUUGCUCUCUUUGCAACUGAGAACUAAACCAGUGCCUAUGACUUGUGUCUAACCAAAUCAGAAACUGCGCUUUGCUGGGACCUCUAAGGGUGUGUUUUUAACCUGUAAAGCACUGCUGCAUUGGCAAGCACUGGAUUGUUAAAGGGACCGCACAUGGUUGAGAUUGGAGUCGUCUUAGGGAACUUUUGGAAGUGAAGCCAUUAAUUAUAUGAAUUCCUACUGAGGUAAAACCUGUGAUAUGUUUAACUAUUGAGGGAAUAUGAUUAUAAACCAUAUUACAGGUCUUAUGAUUUUUUCCCUGCGUGAAGAAGCCAACCAUGUGUGUUUAGACUGAUAUGUGUCUUCCGUAGACUUUGGUAAUAGCAUUUCAUUGUUUUAGCAAACUCACUGGAAGAAAAAUGUCUGUUUUAUUCCAUGUACCUUGUGGCUUUUUGCCUUUCUGUUUUUUCAUUGUUUGUUGUUUUUUUUUU